AUCUUAUUUGCAUCUCUCUCGUUCUCUCUCUCGCAACCUCUCUCCAAUCUCUCUCUCAAAACCUUGCUCUAUUAAACACUUAUCUAUCUAUAUAUUAAUAUUAUAUUUUAAUUAAUAUUUAAUCGAGAGAGACUCACAUCAUGUAUCUAGAUUCAAUUCAAGUUAAAAGAUUGGGAUAGACGUCGAGGGAGGUUUCGAUUGAACACCUGUUUGUGUAUGCAUUUAUAUAUGAGAUGGGCUCUAGAGGAAAACCAAUAUUUGAUCUUAAUGAACCCCCUGCUGAAGAUGAGGAGGAGAAUAAUAGUUUCUUCUGCUUCCAGCCUCAACCUGCAGUUCCUUCUUCGAGUGCCCAUACUUCUGAUGCAUUCACGGCAUCCAGCAGCUCCCAGAUAUUAGUGAAUAAUCACGCUUUCUCCCAUGCAUCUUCUGUUUCAGGAUUUCAGCCGUUUAUACGUUCAAAAGGUGCUCAGGCAGCCGAAACUGGUGAUGAUCAGAAUAAUCUAGGAGAUACAAACUUCAGUAGUGUUUCGUCCAAGUCAAAUAAUGGUGAUGACAAGACAGCAUCACAGCUAGUUUUAGAGUCAGUGGAUGAUCAAGUUGUUGAAGAUAAAGAAAGUUUUGGUGACAGAAGUAGAAUGGUUAAUGAGAGGUCAAUUUCUGGUGGUAAAAAAGAUGUUGAGAUCAAGCCGAUGGCUGACAUGGUAAUUCAUGGGGAUUCUGGUCCUGUCAUCGAAAAGGUGUCUGGCAGUACUGCUGAUAAUAUUAAGGAAGGAUGCAGCAACACAGCGUCAGUAGCAUUAGAUACAGAUUUAAAUGAUGUUAAACAUAUUCAAAUUGUGGAGACCAAUUGUAAGCCUGAUAAUUCAACAAAUUGUCAGGAAGAGCCUGCUUCAGUACCCAAACAAAGAGAGAUUAAAGGUGCUGAAUCAAUUCACGCGCUUAAGUUGGCAAAUAACUCUGGGAAGAGGCCUAAGGUUGAUCAGCACAAGGAGGCUAUGCUUGGAAAGAAGCGCAGCAGGCAGACCAUGUUUCUUAAUCUUGAAGACGUCAAACAGGCUGGUGCUAUUAAAAGCUCGACUCCUCGAAGGCAGAACUUUACACCAUCUACUACUACCCGUACUGUGAAAGAGAUACGUCCUCCAUCCCUUGUGAGUGCCCCUCCUACUGGCGAGAAACUAAACAAGGACACCAAACAGGUUAAUUUAUCAUACAAUGAAGGAAGCAGUUUAGGGGAAUCUAAUGAUCCCAAGUCUGAAGGUGACGGGGACAUGACUUCUGGGGCAGCUAUAACUCGAUCAAGGAGGCUUAAUAGUACAACAGACCUCUCUGCUGAGGCUCAGAUGUCCACAAUUCCGCGACAGGGUCCCUGGAAGACUCCGACAGAUUUGAGGCAGAAUAAGAAUUCGCAGGGGACUAGUAAGAAACUAACUGCAAGCAAUCAAAGCUUUGUGGAUACAAAAGCAGUAGCAAAGAAAUUACCUUCAAAGAAGCAAAAUACCAGCAGCGUAACACAAUAUUUAGAUACAUCAGUGGAACGGCUUUUGCGUGAGGUGACUAAUGAAAAAUUUUGGCAUCAUCCAGAGGAGGCAGAGCUUCAAUGUGUUCCUGGCCAGUUUGAGUCUGUUGAAGAGUAUGUCAGAGUGUUUGAGCCCUUGCUUUUUGAGGAGUGCCGUGCACAACUUUAUAGCACAUGGGAGGAAUUAACUGAAACAGUUUCAAGAGAUUUGCAUGUAAUGGUUCGUGUUAAAAGUGUUGAACGACGAGAAAGAGGGUGGUAUGAUGUAAUUAUUUUACCAACAAAUGAGUGCAAGUGGACAUUUAAAGAAGGUGAUGUUGCAGUUCUUUCAUCUCCAAGGCCUGGUGCAGUUAGAUCGAGGAGGAUUAGCUCAUCAGCUAUAGAUGAAGAUGAUGAACCUGAGCCCAGUGGGCGUGUGGCUGGUACAGUGAGGCGGCAUAUGCCUAUUGAUACUCGUGAUCCCCCUGGGGCUAUUCUUCAUUUUUUUGUUGGGGACUCUUAUGAUCCUAACAGCAAGUCUGAUGAUGAUCAUAUAUUAAGAAAGUUGCACCCUAAAGGCAUCUGGUAUCUAACUGUUCUUGGCACAACAGCAACUACUCAGAGAGAAUAUAUUGCACUGCAUGCUUUUCGUCGUCUAAAUUUACAGAUGCAAACUGCUAUUCUCCAUCCCAGUCCAGAACACUUCCCAAAAUAUGAAGAGCAACAGCCUGUAAUGCCAGAGUGCUUCACUCCUAAUUUUUCUGACUAUUUACGGAAGACCUUUAAUGAGCCUCAGUUAGCAGCAAUUCAGUGGGCUGCCAUGCAUACAGCUGCUGGUACAACUAAUGCGAUGGCAAAGAGACAAGAUCCUUGGCCAUUUACUUUAGUCCAAGGGCCUCCGGGAACUGGUAAGACUCACACUGUCUGGGGAAUGCUGAAUGUAAUUCAUCUGAUUCAGUAUCAGCACUAUUAUACCGCAUUGCUCAAGAAACUAGCACCUGAAAGUUAUAAACAAACGAAUGAAAGUAACUCAGAAAAUGUCGCAACUGGUUCUAUUGAUGAAGUGCUUCAGAGCAUGGAUCAGAAUCUUUUUCGUACCCUUCCAAAACUCUGCCCGAAACCUAGGAUGCUUGUGUGCGCCCCCUCAAACGCUGCAACUGAUGAACUGCUCUCGCGUGUUCUUGAUCGUGGUUUUAUUGAUGGUGAGAUGAAAAUUUAUAGGCCAGAUGUUGCUCGAGUUGGAGUUGAUUCCCAAACACGAGCAGCCCAAGCAGUGUCUGUUGAGCGUCGAACCGAACAGCUCUUAGUAAAAAAUCGGGAUGAAGUUUUUGGAUGGAUGCACCAACUAAGAGCUAGGGAGGCUAUGUUGUCUCAGCAGAUAGGUAACUUGCAAAUGAGUCUAAAUGCCGCUGCUGUAGCUGGGCGAGCUCAGGGAUCUGUUGGAGUUGAUCCUGAUAUUCUUGUGGCCCGCGACCAGAAUCGAGACAGUUUGUUACAAAAUCUUGCCGCUGUGGUUGAAAAUAGGGAUAAAGUUUUAGUAGAGAUGUCUCGCCUUCUUAUUUUGGAAGGCAAGUUUCGUGCUGGCAGCAGCUUCAAUUUGGAAGAGGCUCGUGCCAGUCUAGAGGCAAGCUUCGCUAAUGAGGCUGAAGUUGUUUUUACUACUGUAUCGAGUAGUGGAAGGAAGUUGUUCUCGCGUCUUACUCAUGGUUUUGACAUGGUGGUGAUUGACGAAGCAGCACAAGCUAGUGAAGUUGCAGUCCUUCCUCCUCUUGCCCUUGGUGCAGCUAGGUGUGUUCUUGUUGGUGAUCCGCAGCAGCUUCCUGCUACAGUUAUCAGCAAGGCAGCUGGAACCUUACUGUACAGUAGAAGUCUUUUUGAGAGGUUUCAACAAGCAGGUUGUCCAACCAUGUUGUUGUCCGUCCAGUAUAGGAUGCAUCCUCAAAUUAGAGAUUUUCCGUCCAGAUACUUUUAUCAGGGACGACUGACUGAUAGUGAAAGUGUGGUCAAUAGGCCUGAUGAGUUAUAUUACAAGGACAGUUUGCUUAGGCCUUAUGUCUUCUACGAUAUUACACAUGGCAGGGAAUCCCAUCGAGGUGGAUCUGUCUCCUAUCAAAAUAUACAUGAAGCACAGUUUUGUUUACGCUUGUAUGAACAUCUCCAGAAAACCUUGAAAUCACUAGGUAUUGGAAAAUUGUCUAUUGGAAUUAUUACCCCUUACAAGCUUCAGUUGAGAUGUAUUCAACGUGAGUUUGAGGAUGUCCUGAAUUCAGAAGAUGGGAAGGAUCUUUAUAUCAACACUGUAGAUGCUUUUCAAGGUCAAGAACGAGAUGUUAUUAUAAUGUCCUGUGUACGUGCAUCAAAUCAUGGAGUUGGCUUUGUCGCAGAUAUCCGGCGAAUGAAUGUUGCCCUUACUCGAUCAAAAAGAGCUCUUUGGAUAAUGGGAAAUGCUAAUGCUUUGAUAAAAUCUGAAGAUUGGGCUGCGUUGAUUAAUGAUGCCAAAGCAAGAAACAAUUAUAUGGACAUGGAUGCUCUGCCUAAAGACUUUCUGGCACCCAAGGCACCUGCUUAUGCUCCAUUGCCUGUUAAAAGCGCAAGGGGGUUUAGAUCUGGGCCGAGACAGAGGCCAUAUGAUAUGCACAUGGAAUCUCGUUCAGGAACACCAUCAGAAGAUGAUGAGAAAUCAAACUCAACAUUAAUAUCUAGAAAUGGAAGUUACCGUUCCUUCAAGCCACAUUCGGAGAAUUCCUUAGAUGAUUUUGAUCAGUCUGGUGACAAAUCAAGAGAUGCAUGGCAACAUGGUGUUCAGAAGAAGCAAAAUUAUGCAGGAAUCAUGGGCAAGAGAGACUUGUAGAUGUUCGCCCAGAAUGCAGACAUCGUGUAAUCAGCAUACGCCAUACUGAGGUCUUGGGCUUUAUCGGGACGAGUUCAUUCGUGGUGCUUUAGAAGUCAGAACUUGCACCAUGUGCUAAUUUAUUCGGCUUCUGCAUCUCUUUGCGCUAAUUUCUUCAGCAAAAUCCACUAUAAUGGAAGAAAAGUGAAGUGAUUGAAAACGCUGUAGUUGGAUCCUGCGCAUGACUUGUUCAGUAGGUCGGAGGAUGUUCAAGAUGAUUUUGGCGUCAAUGAGUUCAGGAAUUGGAAUUGGACCACAGACAAGCCAUGGCUGCUACAACCUUCAGUUUUUCCAUUUUCUAACCUAGUAGCAGGUGCAUGGUUUAUGGUGCAUGCCGGAGUUUUUGUUAUUUGCGUUGUUACCCAGUCACUGGGCGGCUUGCUCUAUCAAAAAAAUGCACCUCUUAAACUGACCUGACUAUAUCUGGAUGGACUGUAUAUGGAGUGCUGAUAAAUAAUCUUAAUGUAGUUUUUGAUUUCUAAUUGGGCUAAAAAUUCCCCGAUCAGCCAAAUCUUAAUCUAUUUGAUAUUUAUACCAUUGGUUUAGCUGUGAGGAACAUUGGCUUUUUACAUGAUCUUCGGAAUUUUGUUGGCUCUGGUAUUUAAUUGAAAGAGAUUCUUGAAAGCUAAUGUUGCAACUGUUUGAGGUUUUAUACUUUGCUAAGACUCCAGUUGGGAAGGUGGUCGAGAGUACCGUCUUCUACAAGGCAUAAAGACUAUAGAUGGUAGGCUAUUGAGAUAGUGCUACUGUGACUUCAAUAGAAAUUUCAGUUGUGAUUAUGUUAAUUUUUUAGUUCCUUGUUUGUGCAAACUGUUGCGUGUUAUUAUUUCUAGCAGCUUGUAAGUAUUAUUUUUUAUAUGAUAUCUUAGUGGAAUGUUAUUUAA